AUGGAUGCUUUCAAUAACACUACCUCUUCGGACUACUCUUUGGAGAAGAGGAAUGGGACUAAGUUUGAGGAGGUAGCCCUCAGCUACCAGAUCAUCACUUCUCUGUUCUUGGGGACACUGAUCCUAUGUGCGAUUUUUGGCAAUGCUUGUGUGGUUGCUGCCAUUGCACUUGAGAGGACUCUUCAGACAGUGGCCAAUUAUCUCAUAGGUUCUCUUGCAGUCACUGACUUGAUGGUCUCUGUUUUGGUGUUACCCAUGGCAGCACUUUAUCAAGUACUGAACAAGUGGACCCUUGGACAGGUAACUUGUGACAUUUUUAUUUCUCUAGACGUUUUGUGUUGUACCUCUUCCAUUCUUCAUCUGUGCGCCAUAGCUUUGGACAGAUACUGGGCUAUCACAGACCCCAUAGACUAUGUGAACAAGCGAACUCCUAGACGAGCUGCUAUCCUCAUUAGUCUGACAUGGGCUAUAGGGUUUUCAAUAUCCAUCCCACCCAUGUUGGGUUGGAGAACACAUGAAGACAGGGCUGAUCCUGAUGCUUGCAAAAUAAGUGAAGACCCCGGUUACACCAUCUACUCCACCUUUGGUGCAUUCUACAUCCCUCUGAUCCUCAUGUUGAUAUUGUAUGGAAGGAUAUUUAAAGCUGCCAGAUUCAGAAUUCGGAAAACAGUUAAGAAAACAGAGAAAAAGAAAGUGGCUGAUACUUGUCUGUCAGUUUCCCCAUCCACCAUCCAGAGGAAAAGCAAUGGGGAACCCAGCAAGAACUGGAAAAGAAGUGUAGAGCCCAAGCCAACCACUUGUGUGAAUGGUGCAGUGAGGCUUGGUGAGGAUGGUGCUGCCCUGGAGAUCAUUGAGGUCCAUCAUUAUGCUAACUCUAAAAACCAUCUGGCACUGCCAGACCACUCAAGUGACACCACAUCUUCCCCAUGCAUUGAGAAGAAGAACGACAAAAGCACAGAAGCCAAAAGAAAGGUGGCACUAGCCAGGGAGAGGAAAACAGUGAAAACUUUAGGUAUUAUCAUGGGCACCUUCAUCUUCUGCUGGUUACCUUUCUUCAUUGUUGCCCUGGUGUUGCCCUUUUGUGAAUCCUGCCAUAUGCCACCCUUGCUGUAUGACAUUAUCAACUGGCUAGGCUACUCAAACUCUCUCCUUAACCCCAUCAUAUACGCUUACUUUAAUAAAGAUUUCCAAAGUGCAUUUAAGAAAAUCAUCAAGUGCAAAUUCUGUAGACAAUGA